CCUCGUUUGAUCACUCUCAACUCAUCACAUCAGAAAAACGCCAGUGCUCAGAGAUCUGAUAUCCAGGCGUUAACGUUUUUCAGUUGAAGUUAUGGCUCUAGUCUUGCAUGCUGGGAAGGCAAACAAAAAUGCGUUCAAGACACUCAUUGCUGCAGACUACAGUGGGGUGGAGGUCAAAUUGGUUGACAAUUUUGAGAUGGGUGUCUCAAAUAAAACACCCGAAUAUCUCAAGAUGAAUCCUAUAGGGAAGGUUCCUGUUUUGGAAACCCCUGAUGGUCCUAUAUUUGAGAGCAAUGCCAUAGCUCGUUAUGUUACUCGCUUGAAGACUGACAAUCCACUACUUGGUUCUUCCCUCAUUGAUUAUGCCCAUGUUGAGCAAUGGAUUGAUUUUGCAUCAUUGGAGAUUGAUGCUAACAUCAUGAAUUGGUUUAGACCAAGAAUGGGGCGUGUUGUAUACCUUCCCCCUGCUGAGGAAGCUGUAAUUGCUGCCCUCAAAAGAGCACUAGGUGCCUUAAACACUCACCUUGCUUCCAACACCUAUAUGGUUGGGCAUUCAGUGACCCUUGCUGACAUCAUUUUGACGUGCAACCUUUACCUGGGAUUCACUCAGCUUAUGACUAAAAGCUUUACCUCAGAAUUCCCUCAUGUUGAGAGGUACUUCUGGACCAUGGUGAAUCAACCAAAUUUCAGGAAGAUACUGGGUGAGGUGAAGCAGACUGAAACAGUGGUACCUGUUCAGUCUGCAAAAAAGCCUGGACAGCCUAAAGAAGCUAAACCUAAGACUAAGGACGGACCAAAGAAAGAAACCAAGAAGGAAGUCCAGAGAGAGCAGCCAAAGGCUGCUGAAGAGGAGGAAGAAGCUCCAAAGCCCAAACCCAAAAAUCCUCUUGAUUUGCUUCCUCCAAGUAAGAUGGUUCUGGAUGACUGGAAGCGGCUUUACUCAAACACCAAGACCAAUUUCCGCGAAGUCGCAAUCAAAGGUUUCUGGGACAUGUAUGAUCCUGAUGGAUACUCGCUUUGGUUCUGUGAUUACAAGUAUAACGACGAGAAUACAGUCUCAUUUGUCACUCUGAACAAGGUAAGUGGAUUCCUUCAGAGGAUGGAUUUGGCACGCAAGUAUGCUUUCGGAAAGAUGUUGGUAAUUGGGUCAGAACCACCAUUCAAGGUGAAGGGCUUGUGGCUUUUCCGUGGGCAAGAAAUUCCCCAAUUUGUCAUCGAUGAGUGCUAUGACAUGGAACUGUAUGACUGGAAGAAGGUUGAAAUAUCGGAUGAAGCCCAGAAGGAGCGUGUGAAUCAGAUGAUUGAAGAUUACGAGCCUUUUGAAGGAGAGUCCCUCCUUGAUGCCAAGUGCUUCAAGUGAUGCCCCCCAUUUCUGUGUCUCCCUUUUCCCUUCUUUUAGCUUUAUUCUCUGAAGUUCUUGAAGUCUUUUGUUUGAAGUGUCAUACUCAGACUAAAUUACAUUAUCUGUUAGAGGAGCUUGUAUCCAUUGUCCUUUAAACCUUUUGGUCUCAUUUUGUGAAAUGAUUAUGAAUUUUCUUUGGGGCUGAUGUUGUUAAUUAAAAAAAAUAAAAAAAAGGAUUUAAA